GAGGGCAUACAGGUGAAAAGGGAGUGCAAAGAGGUAUCCUGUUGCAUUGGUGGAGGUUUCACGUUGGGGGCUGGGCCAGUGAAAAUAAAUCUGAGCAAACACAGGCAGUCCCAAGAAGCAAAGUGUUUGAGCUUCCGCAAACAUGUUCCAAAUGCCUUUGCGUAUCAGAUAUCCUCAGUUGUGAAGACAAAGAGACAAAGGAAAGUGGUACACAGCAAGUGAAGAGGACAAGUAAGUGAGCACAGCAGAAAAAGAGGGAGGAAAGGUACACACCUAAACAAGAAAGGAAGUAGAGAGGGGUGGAGAGUUGUACCUGUAAGCUCUCCAGUUUAGACCCCGUCUGAGGUCUUCUUUCUACUGGCAGAGUGCUGCCUCUCAUUGCAGCUACAGAACCAUGACGACUGAUACCCAGAUUGCUGAAGAGAGCCAAACACCCUUAAACCCAAAACCUCAAGUUGUGGUUAGGCCUGGCAGGCACAGAAAGCCCAUGUCUGCCACAACGCCACAGAGGGAUACUCGGGCAACAUGGAAAAGGGUGAUCACCGUCCUCUGUGUAGUGGUCAUUCUGGCCAUCCUGGCUGUGGCUGCAUACUUCAUCCAACAACUAAUUCAAAGUAAGUACUUUUUCUGCUCCAAGUCACUUAAGUUCAUUCCACUGGAACAAGCCUGCGAUGGCAAACAGGACUGCACAGAAGCAGAAGAUGAGUCUACAUGUGUGACUCGCUUCAUGGCCAACUCCACUUUUCCUAUACGAUUGUUCUCCAAUCUCUCGGUACUUCAGAUAUAUAGUGCCAGCGAAAACAAGUGGGGAAGUGUAUGUGCAGAGGGCUGGACCCAGCAACAUGCUCAGGCAGCAUGUCAGCAGCUAGGAUACACAGUCAAUCCUUCCUACACUACAGUCCAAUUGGAUGAUGUGUCAUCUGAGCUGAAGAUGGUUUUCUAUGCUGUGGCACCGUACAGUGUGCAGACAAUUCAAUCCCAGAUCUCAAACAAGAAAACAUGCAGCUAUGGUUCAGUAGUCACCCUGUCCUGCUCAGACUGUGGUCCACGGGCCCCUGAGAGUCGCAUAGUGGGAGGACAGAGUGCACUUAUUGAGAACUGGCCAUGGCAGGUCAGCCUGCAGCAGAAUGGGCAGCACACAUGUGGAGGCACCCUGGUGUCUCCAAACUGGGUCGUCACAGCAGCCCACUGCUUCACCAGUAUGGGUGAGGUGAGCAGAUGGCGUGUGAUGGCAGGCAGGACAUACUUGAGCACUCUGGGAGGAUCCAGUGUGGACAAGAUUAUUGUGAAUGACAACUACAAUGCAGCACGCAAUGACUACGACAUUGCCAUGAUGAAACUCAGCAAACCACUCACUUUUGGAGCCUCAGUGAAGCCAGUUUGUCUGCCACCUCAUAACCUUGGCCUUACAGGAGGAGCUCCUCUGGUAGUGACUGGUUGGGGCAAUCUACAGGAGAAUGGCAAGCUGUCGUCAGAUUUACAGAAAGCCAGUAUACUUCUCAUAGACCAAGUUCAGUGUUCUAAUCCUGUAGUUUAUGGUAAUAGCAUCACUUUCAGAAUGCUUUGUGCUGGCUACCUGGAUGGCAAAGUGGAUGCAUGCCAGGGGGACAGUGGUGGUCCUUUGGUGUAUUUCGAUAGGCAGUGGAUGCUGGUUGGGGUAGUGAGCUGGGGUGUGGGCUGUGCCAGACAGGGCCGGCCCGGUGUUUACACAAACAUGGAUCAGAUGCUGAACUGGGUACACUCAGUCAUGGAGCAGAAGUCUUGAGCCAAAGUAGCAGAAAUGCAUCCUUCAAGAGGACAUUGAGUCAGUCAUAGGAUAAGCUUGCACAUAACAUCACUGCCCUGGAUUGUGUGCAGUCUGGUUUUUAAUAUUCAGGACUGCCCUCAGUACGCAAUAAGGACACAACGAUUUACCUGAAUGGUUAUAUAAGUGACUCAAUGUAUUGUUCAUAACUGAAUUUGUCCAUGUUAAGUGGUGCAUUUCAUUAUGUAUCUCAGGGAUCCAUUUAAGCAGAUAGACUGCCAUGGCCUUUUUUUAACCCGAAGAAGUGUAAGACUUGAGUCUUCAGUGCCAUUUUAUGUUCUAUUUUACAGGUGUCACACUGGGUUUCUUUCAAGCCACAGCACUGUAGACUUCAUCAUCCCUCCUCAUUAAAUACACCUGAUUUAACUCAUCAGCUAAUUAGCAAAGCCUUCUUGAGUUGAAUUAAUAUUGUUAGAAGAACAAAAACACUAAUCUCUGCAGAGAGGAACCCAGUUUGAUACUCCUGCUAUUCAGUGGCUUUUGCACAUUCAUUGCACCAAAGAAUAUGUGAGCCAUGGAUGUUCAUUGGAAUAUCUCUGGUAUUGUGUCCCUAAUGUUUACUGGUGUUUUUCAUUUGCACAUCUGUGAAUUAGCAUUACUUAGUAAUGUGUAUUAAUCACUGGGUUUUGGUUAAAAAUGCAAUCUAUUUUUUGAGUAUUUGUGGUCAGGGGGGCCUAAAUGACAUUCUGGGUGAAUAAAGGUUAUGCAAAACAAAUGUAGAAAUGUAGAACUCUUACUAAAUUCAGUUCAUAGCCAAAAUGAUAAAACUAACAUCUUGACCAACACUUAAUACAUCACCAAAAAACAGAAGGGGGGCCUCAGCAAUGCAUACUGGGCAUAGCACUGUUUAUUCAUUGUAUGUUUUGUCAGAGAUGUAUUUUUGAAGGUUCUAUUGGGUUAAUAUCUGAAAGUUGGCUUACUCUUGUAAUAUUACUAAUUGUGUAGCUUUUCAUUUGUGUGUGAGGAUGGUCAUAACUGUGGUUAAACUAAAGAAGCACAACUGAUCACAUUGUGUUGACUUUCCUUUAAGGUUUGUUGAAAGUCAUGAGCAUUGCUCUGGCAGUAAACUCUCAUUUUGUAUGCAACAUUAGUGAUUCUUUAUUCCAUUGCGUUUUACUGUAAAUAAUAUAAACCUGAAAUUUAUUUGUGAUAUAAUUUAUUGAUGUAAAAACUACACAAAUAAAUCGUAAAAUUUGUAAGA